AUGCCGUCGGAGAGUGGAGCUGAGAGCCUGGAGCGGCCAGCUGCGCAGGAGGGGAUGGAUGCGGCCUCGGCAGUGGCCACGGCUGGGGCGGCCGGCGGCGGCGGCCCGGACCCGGAGGCCGCCUCGGACCCGGAGGCCGCCUCGGCCUCGCCGGGGCGGCACCAGAGCCGACUGAGCUGGCCACAGGUGAAGCGGCUGGACGCGCUGCUGAGCGAGCCGAUUCCCAUUCACGGGCGAGGCAACUUCCCCACGCUGAGCGUGCAGCCCCGGCAGAUCGUGCAGGUGGUCCGCAGCAGUCUGGAAGAACAGGGAUUGCAUGUGCACAGUGUUCGACUGCAUGGUUCAGCUGCCAGCCACGUGUUGCACCCCGAGAGUGGCCUAGGCUACAAGGACCUGGACCUGGUGUUCCAGAUGGACCUGCAGAGUGAGGCAUCCUUCCAGCUAACCAAGGCGGUGGUCCUGGCUUGUCUGCUGGACUUCUUGCCAGUCGGAGUGAGCCGGGCCAAGAUCACGCCACUGACACUCAAGGAGGCCUAUGUGCAGAAGCUGGUGAAAGUGUGUACAGACCUGGACCGCUGGAGCCUCAUCUCACUAUCCAACAAGAGUGGUAAGAAUGUGGAACUCAAGUUCGUGGACUCCGUGAGGCGCCAGUUUGAAUUCAGCGUUGACUCCUUCCAGAUCAUCCUGGACUCCCUGCUGCUCUUCAGCCAGUGCUCAUCCACACCGAUGUCAGAGGACUUCCACCCAACCGUGACAGGCGAGAGCCUCUAUGGGGACUUUGCCGAGGCCUUGGAGCACCUGCAGCACCGUGUCAUUGCCACACGCAGCCCUGAGGAGAUCCGUGGCGGUGGCCUCCUCAAGUACUGCCACCUGCUGGUGCGGGGCUUCCGGCCCAGGCCCAGCACUGACGUCCGCGCCCUACAGCCGUACAUGUGUUCCCGGUUCUUCAUCGACUUUCCGGACCUGGUGGAGCAGAGGCGCAUUCUGGAGCGCUACCUGGAGGCCCACUUUGGCGGAGCAGAUGCAGCCCGCCGGUAUGCCUGCCUUGUGACACUGUACCAGGUGGUCAAUGAGAGCACGGUGUGCCUCAUGAACCAUGAGCGCCGCCAGACCCUGGACCUCAUCACCAUGCUAGCCUUCCAGGCCCUAGCUGAGCAGGGCCCUGCUGCCACUGCUGCCUUGGCCUGGCGACGUCCAGGCUCUGAUGGGGUUGUGCCAGCCACUGUUAAUUACUAUGUGACCCCCAUGCAGCCUCUGCUGCCCCGGGCUCACUCCUAUCCCACCUGGCUGCCUUGCAACUGACUCUGACCCUGGCCAGAAAGGAAUGAGCUUCAUGGGGGUGGGGCAGGGUCAUCAGGAUGUGACCAGACACAGGCUGCCUGUGCCAGCUGGACCUGUGAACAGCCCAGACCUUUCCUGCAGGGGGCUCCUUUGGACUUAGGGCCAACUCAGGUUCUUGACAGGAGGGCCGUCUGGUCACUGCACCACACUCUUGGACCUGCAUGAUGUGGGCCACUGAGGCUACUUGUCUGGAAGUCUCAGUAGCAGCACCUUGGGUGGAUUUCCAUGGCCAGGAUGGGGUCAGCCCACAGGGACCUAGAAGCUCCUACACUGGCUGAAAUAUGAUAUCAUGCAACAGGAACACUCACUUGGGGUCUAGCUGAAUGACUCAGAGCCUCGUGGCCCAACCUCGCUGACCAUUAGGAAGGAAGAGGUCAACUAAGG